GAAGACCUAAUGGCACCUCCGCAAGUUAGGCUUCCAUGGGAACUGGAGGAAGAAAUACUCACUCGUCUUCCACCUAAAGUUCUCGUUCGGUUCAGAACCGUAUGCAAACAAUGGAACUCUCUUUUCAACGACAGGAGUUUCAUCUACAACCACUUGUCUCUCCCCCGUCCUCAGUUCAUCCUCCUGACCGAAAUCACGAUUGUUUCGAUAGACAUCACCGAUCCAACGAUGGAGUUGCGUGAGAUACACUCCCACCCCCUUGGUUUAAGUUUUCAUAACGCAAACAUCACUACAUGCGAUGAGUUCUUGGUUUGUAACUAUCCACACCGUUGGGAGAAGGGGACAGCGCUCUUGAAUCCGUUGUUGGGACAUGUUAAGUGGAUCAAGCCUUUGGUGGACGAACGCUUCGAUGUUUUUGGGUUAGGAUACGACAGUAGUGGACCUGAAAAGGUUCACAAGAUGUUGGGGUAUCUGAGAAGUCCAUCCGAGGUCCAGACAAAUAGCUACCUCCGGAGAGUUGCCAUGAAGGUUGUGGGCAAUGUUUACAAGAUGGUGGAUUAUUUUAGAAGUCCACCCAAAGAAGACCAGAAAAAUGUUAACGCGGAGAGAGUUGCAAUCUACGAGUGUGCGUCUCAAACGUUGAGGUUUAUUGAUACACCUGACGAGGACAUGAGGCCCAUAUGUGAAACAGCUAAACAAUCACACGUGUCCUUGAAUGGAAACUUGUAUUGGAUUGCUUGCAAUCGCCAAACUCGUGAGUAUUUCAUCCAAAGCUUUGAUUUCUCCAGGGAGGUUUUCAAACCUGUUUGUCCACUUCCGUUUCAAGAAAGGCAUGAUGAACAUUUCCUUGCGGUUUUUAAGGGAGAUCGCUUUUCCUUGUUAACGCAGUGCUAUCUGACAAGGAAGAUUGAGAUUUGGGUAACGAAGAGGAAGAUUGAUGAUGGAGAGGAAGUGGUGUGGAUGAACUUGAUGACUCUUACAGCAACUAACUUGCCAAAGUUGUUUAAUAAGCUUUAUGGUGUUAGUUAUAUCAUCUAUGAUAAGAACCUAGUCAUUUGUUGUGGCGACGAUGAAACUGGAAAGCUUUCCUUCUAUGUUAUGAAGGGAAGAGAUACGUGCAGUAAGAUUCAACUAGACUCUCGCUUAGACGGAAUUGCAUCUUGGAUCACUUGGUUUUCUCACUGUGCCUAUGUUCCUAAUUGGACCUCGGUUCCUUUAGAGUUUCAGAUUGCGUGAAUUGCAAGUCUAGUAUAUUAUCAGGGUUUAAUGUUCUUUAAGUUGUGCCCUGUCCUUUGUUUUAUUUCAAUCUUAAUGUGCAUUUUGGAAGCACUAAGUCUCAGUUUGAUACAAAGAUGCAACAAAAAAAAUCCUAUAAAUUAUCUUUCUGGAUGAUAGAGACUUAUAAAUGGAUUG